CCGUCACAAGGUAGCAUUAGUGCAUGAAUUUCUCUCUCUAUAACUCUGUAUAUAAAAACACACCAAACCCUCCAAAAGCAACACUCUAAAAUCAACAAAGCCAUCUCCUUUUUGCAUUAUCUCUCCAACAACAAAACCCAUAUACAAUUCUCUCUCUUUUCAAUCUUUCCGCAAAAUCUAUGGCUCGUUCUACUGCUCUGGCUCUCAUAUUCUUACUGGCUUUUACUACAUUUGUUUCUAAUAUACAGGGAAGGAAGUUGUUGAUGAUGACUAGUGAUGCAGAAGGUACUAGCAGUACAAGUACCGUCCCCUCUAUGUUUGCGAGUCUGGUUUUCAGUGCCCUUCCAAAAAGUACAGUGCGAUCUUCUUCUCCUAGCAGGAAGGGUCAUGCUACCCUAGAUAACGAGGAGCUCUUUCGAAGACAUCUUGCUAGCAUUGAUCGGAUUCUACAGUCUGUUCCAAGCCCUGGCGUUGGCCAUUAGAAUUUCUCAACAUAUCUUGUUCUUGGAUACUAUUUGUUUAAUUAGUUAUAAUUUUGUCCAUACAAUUUUGAUAAAAAAAAUUUAUUUUUAUUUUUCUUUUACGGUGGGUUAGUUGCAUACAGAAGUGUAUGCUGUAUAGAUACGUACUAAGGAUGUAGUUCUCUUUCAUUUCCCUUUUUCUGUUAAAAGGAAUUAAUUUACAUGCAUCCUCUUCAUAUGAAUCAAAGAGAAAUUUCUUGGAAAUAGAAACAAUUAAUUUAA